CCAAUAAGAACCGGACGUUGUACGUUGUUGUGAAAUGAAGCGAAGCGGAGAGGAGGAAGGGAAGACUGAUGUGCAUAGUUGAUUUUAGUUAGAUAGUACAUCUACAUAGAACCCAGUGACCAGAACAACUGCAACAAUCAGCAUCGCAGAUCAGAGAAUCUGGAUUGUAAUUUGUGAAAGAUCCAACAUGAAGGAUUCGAGUUUAGAGUUGCAGGAAUCGGGUUGGGAGGAAUUGAGGAAAGAGGCCAGAAAGCUAGAAGGAGAUCUCGACGUCAAGCUUUCCUCUUAUGCCAAGCUUGGCGCUAGGUUCACCCAAGGAGGUUAUGUGGAUUCUGGUUCGCCCACUGUUGGAUCUAGCAGAUCAUGGAAGUCAAUGGAAAUGGAAAUCCAAUCAUUGCUUGAAAAACUCCUAGAUACAAAUGAUGCUAUGAGUAGAUGUGCUGCAUCUGCUGCACCAACUACAUCAGUUACUCAAAAGCUAGCAAGGCAUAGAGACAUACUCCAUGAAUUUAACCAGGAAUUUAGACGAAUCAAGGGAAACAUAAGCUCAAUGAAGGAACAUGCAGAGCUCCUGAGUUCAGUCAGAGAUGAUAUUAGUGAGUACAAGGCAUCUGGGAGUAUGUCUCCAAGAAUGCAAUUACUACGAGAAAGGGCUGCCAUCCAUGGAAGUAUUGCUCACAUAGAUGAUGUUAUCAAUCAAGCUCAAACAACGAAGGUUGUCUUAGGUUCUCAAAGGGCUUCAUUUGGAGACAUUCAAGGAAAACUGAAAGUUCUAAGUGACAAGUUUCCCAUUAUCCGUGGCCUACUUGGUUCUAUAAAGAGGCGGCGAUCAAGAGACACUAUAAUUCUGUCUGCUGUCAUUGCAGCUUGUACGUUGUUUCUUAUUAUCUAUUGGCUUUCAAAAUAACAGAGACGAUUUAUUUUCACAGAAAUUACAAAAUGACGGUGCUCUUGGAGGAAUUUUGUUCUGUAAUAUGUUAGGACGGAUCAGUUCUUUGUGCCAAAGGCCAUGGUACUCUUUAUGGUGCAAUUAUGCAAAAAGCUUAUCAUUUGAUUUUCUAUUGAAAUCUAUUGCAAAUACUUAGGCAAA